GCGUGCUGGGAAGGCUCCCAGCCAGCAGCGGCCGCUCCUGCUCUGGAUCCCGGCUCUCUUCAUGGCUGCUCUUGAGCCCCUUGGCGUAGGGGGUGAAGCAUGAAAUGGAGACAUGGGAAGAUGACCGAGUUGAUCAGAGAACUUGCCUUAUCUGUGGAGAUCGCGCAACAGGGCUGCACUACGGCAUCAUCUCCUGUGAGGGCUGCAAAGGCUUCUUCAAGCGGAGUAUUUGUAACAAGAGGGUCUACAGAUGCAGCAGAGACAAAAAUUGUGUGAUGUCCCGCAAGCAGCGCAACAGGUGCCAGUAUUGCCGGCUGCUCAAGUGCCUCCAGAUGGGAAUGAACCGGAAAGCAAUCCGAGAAGAUGGCAUGCCAGGAGGCAGGAACAAGAGCAUUGGGCCUGUCCAGAUAUCUGAGGAAGAGAUUGAGCGCAUCAUGUCUGGGCAAGAAUUUGAAGGGGAAGCCAAUAUUUCUUGGAGCAACAACGGGGACAGUGACAACAGCUCUCCUGGCAAUGGGGUGUCCGAGAGCAACCAGCCAUCCCCUGUCUCAACUCCAUCUUCAAGUAGGUCUGUGGAGCUGAAUGGAUUCACUGCACUCAGGGAUCAGUAUAUUGGGACGCCAGUGUCUGCACACUAUCAGUACCUUCCGCACCUUCUGAGCUGCCCUGCUCACACCGCUUUGCUGCCCCCACAGCCUCGAAGCCUUGAUCCUCAGUCCCAUAGCCUCCUCAUCAGCCAGCUGGUGUCAGCAGAAGAUCUGGAGCCUUUGGGCACCCCAAUGCUAAUUGAAGAUGGGUACAAGGUAACUCAGGCUGAGCUUUUUGCGCUGCUCUGUCGGCUGGCAGAUGAGCUGCUGUUUCGACAGAUAGCCUGGAUCAAGAAGCUGCCCUUCUUCUGUGAACUUUCCAUCAAGGACUACACUUGCCUCUUGAGCUCCACGUGGCAAGAGCUGAUCCUGCUUUCCUCCCUCACGGUUUACAGCAAGCAGAUAUUUGGGGACCUAGCGGACGUGACUUCCAAGUACUCUCCCUCGGAUGACGAGCUGCACAGAUUCAGUGAAGAGGGGAUGGAGGUGAUGGAGCGGCUUAUCUACCUGUAUCGCAAGUUCAACCAGCUAAAAGUCAGCAAUGAGGAAUAUGCAUGCAUGAAAGCCAUUAAUUUCCUCAAUCAAGAUAUUAGAGGCCUGACAAACGCAUCCCAGCUGGAGCAGCUGAACAAAAGAUAUUGGUACGUCUGCCAGGAUUUUAUGGAGUUCAAGUACCCGCAUCAGCCGAACCGCUUCCCAGAUCUGAUGAUGUGUCUGCCAGAGAUACGCUACAUUGCAGGGAAAAUGGUGAACGUCCCACUGGAGCAGCUGCCCCUCCUGUUUAAGGCUGUUCUGCAUUCCUGCAAGGCCAGCAUGAGCAAAGAGUGAGCUCUCGUUGCACCCCUACCCCACCCUUACUCUGGUGCCUCCGGCAAGGGGGGGAAGGCGGAGCCCACGGCCCAGGCAGUUAGGAAUGGCUGUGGCAGGGCAGUGGGUAGCCUUGCCAUCGUAGCAAGAAUCUUUUUUUUAACCUCGUUUCCUAUAAUAUUUAUUUCACGACAGAGUUGAAUGUAUGAUCUUCAACACAGCGUGUUCUCUCGCAGUUUACAGAAUGUGAAGAUGUUUGUUGCAGUGUUUUAGGGUUAGAUCUUUUGUACUGGGGGGAGGGAGGGCUGGGGUCAAUGACUAAGACUACCUCAAGAAGAAGGUGCUGUUCAGGGACUGCUCUUUCCAUGGGCCACAUCCAAAAAUGUUCAUCCCAUCGGGCCUUUGGCUGCUUUUUGUAGCCAAAAUCUGUUCUCACCUAGAGAAAUGCCAAGCUUAAAUGUUGGGCACAGCUGGCCAUUUCCAGUUGGUCUCCAUUUCUUUUUCUGCAAUAGCUAGCCCAUGGAACCUCCUUAGAUGGACCUUCAAGUAUCUUCUCCCCCUCCACAUAAACACACGCACACUUCCUCUGUGUUUUGCAGUCCCUACAGAUGUUCCAUACCUGGCCGCUGUGUUUCCUUAUGUUACUGCACAUAGGCACGAUUGCAAGAAGGAGACAUGGCAGCUGGAACUCACAUCCCUCAAGCGGUUAUAGAUUAUAAAGUACACUCAACUGCCUUACCAUUUGCAGCAGAUUGGCUAGGGCUACAUCAAGUAUGUGCACGGUAAUUGCUUGAAUUGCAAAAGCCUGUCUCAUUUACCACCUCCAGGAGUCCAAAGACCCCGGCCCCUUUUGCAAGCAGACACUUGGCAUAUCUCUAGGGUUGAGUCAGAUGCAGUUUGAUGUGGGGAUGCAAAUGGACAAGGCUUGUUGCUGACUGAGAGCUGGAAAGAGAUCUUGCCUUGUGCCUACUAAAUGCCUCCUCCAUCUUUGGCUUUGGGGCAUCUGCCCAUGGGAUGGAGCCUGACUUGGCCACACCAAGGAAAAGCUCACUUUGUUUAUCUUCCCUCUCCAUGGUUUUGCUGCUGAUGCUGCUGAUUACCAGCAAAGUGAAAAACGGGUAACGGCUGCUGCUGGGACCAGAUUUGUUGCUUCGUGAAUCCUCAAGACUGGAAUCACAGUCCCUUGGCUUUUUUCCCCAUUGGUCCAAAUAGCAUAUUUCUCAGGAAGGGCCUUCUGUUUUGACACAAUAUACCUCAAAGGGCAGUGGGAAGAUUGGAAAUACGUUCUCUGCCUGCCUGCCAGAACAUGGUUUUAUGUUUGUUUUAUUUUUAUUUUUGCAAAGAGCUUCCCGCAAUACUUCUUUGGCUUGCUUAUGUUCAUCAGGGAUACUAAUAUUGCACAAAUGGAAGCUUGACCCCCUCCCCACUGUUGAUGGUUUUUCUCAGCAAUUUUAAUAAGGGUUGUUUUUUAAACUAACAGAUCUGUGGCCACACACUCAGAACCACCACCACCCCUUGGCCAUCUUCCCCCUCCAUCCAAACAUAUUUCAAAGGUGGCUUGACUUAGGAGGAGCACCUCGUACUAGUCUGCCUUUAGCAGCUGGAGCUGUUAGCGGGGAGGGGGAGGGGGUUGCUGGCCAUUGUCUCAGAUCAUCCUUUUCAGGGCUAGCAGCAGCCUCCACACCGACAAAGACUGUUUGUCUGGGAGCAGGAAAGCCAAGCCGAAUCCACAACGCGAGCCAGAGGCUAAUGUAGCAAGCCAGAAGGUAACUUGCUGGACCGUCAUUAAUGCCUCCUGCAACCAAGUCUGCUAAUGACUUGGGAGUUUGAAACAGGGUAAAGUGAAUGUAAUGCAUUGCGGACUCAGGUAUUAUGUGAAGAAAAUAGGACUGUAGCUAGAGGCGUAGAGACCGUAGGUCACUCACUAGAUGGAUUUGUGAAUUUGGUUUGAAGGACACCCUACAAAGGUUGGAAUUUUUUGUGUACCGUUCUUCACUUACCAGUCAUUUUGCAAAGGGACCAUAUAAUUUUGUGCUUAAUGCUUGUGGGGGGAGGGGAUGCAGAGGAAGAACUGACAUCCAUUAUCUUUGCCUUUCCCUCCUGGGGCAUAGUGGGCCUUUACUUUGAAAAAUCCAUCUGCCAUAACACGGUUCCUGAUAGUUUUUUCAACACUGUGGCCUAAUUUUUAUCCCUUUCUUGAGAGGGGCUAGACCCCCUCCUCCCCCAGUAAAAUCAAGGACCGAAGGAGUUCAUUCCAUAGAGUGAAGCUGCUCCAGCCACCUCUUUGGAUCCAGCAAGCCACCUAAGUGGCAUAUGUGUCUCUCCCCAAACACACCCCUUUCAAAAGCUGAGCAGGGAGACUGGAUUCCCCUUUGCCAUUCAGUCCAGUCCUUCAAACCAACUUUUUUGUUGUUUAUAAACUUGAACUUCUUUUAUCUUUAUUUUAUUUCUAAGGGAAAACAACCAAAAAGAGAUGGGAGGGGGAAGAUCCAACAAUCCUCUCCCUCCUGUAACCGUGGCUGUCACCGUCUGUCCCUUUUGGUUUGAUUUUUGGCUCCAAUGCAACAAGGUCUGUGGAGACCAAGAUGGCGGCGCUUCCUAUUUCUCAGGCUUUUUAGUGGCAAUCAGCCCUGCCCAGUGAGGCAGGAGGGGAGGGAGGGGGCGGGGCAAUUAGCUGAAGGAUGAAGCUGUUUUUGCAUUGUAGAAGAUACGUGAAUUCAAGGUGACAUCCCAUCAGAUGACGCCAGUGAUGGCUGCCGCGAAGUUUCUCUGAGUUCUUGUGUACCACUUGUGUUGCACACUGAAGCUCAGGGAUAUGUAUUUAAAUGCAACUCAGAGAAACCCCGUGGCUGUCACCGCUCCAGGUGGGUUUCUUUCUUUUGCCUGUUUGGGGCCUCCCUACACUCUGGCAACAGAAUACAGGGGCUAUUUUUGACCGUCAAGGAGGCUGUGUCACCCCAAACAGGCAUGAGAAAAAAGCUACUGGCUGGAGUAGAGAGAAGGCCCAAGUGGGCAACCAUGGACCUCAACUGAGCCUUUGUGAUAGAUGGUUUUUCUUUCCUAUGUAUGCAAAUGUCUUGUACUAGUUGUUGAUAACAUUAUUGACUCAAUUUCCAUAACAAAACUACCUCUUGUGUGACAUCCUGUUUAUCAUCUCAAAGGGAUUGUGUGAAAAACAAAACACUUUUUUCUUUUUAAAAUGCUGCUGCUUUUUCAUAUUUGGGUGAAAAUGCCAUGGGGAAAAUAUCUGGGUUGGGGGUUCUGAUGUUACACCAAUUUUUGUUGUUGAAUUGCACAGGGGCAGAGCACUGCACUGGGCAUUCCAGUCUGUUGAAAGGGUGAGGCUGCUGUGGGCAGUUGGAAGGAGUGGAAGCUGUGGGUGGCAGCUUCUCCCUAGCAGCCUUUGUUUUCCUCAUAAGAGAUUGGAGGGUCUAGUGCAGUCCUGGCAUGCUCCAUCCCUCCUUUGCUCCUCAGAGCACUCUCUUCAGCACCAACUGUCAUGGUAUCUCAGAAGUUAAGUGGGUGUUGCUGUGGUGCAGCUCAACAUCCCUGGCCGCUGACAAGUGCAAGCCAUGUGGGUGUAAAUGAGGCUGUACCCGAACCUUGGCUGAAAAACUCCACUCUCACCCCCACUUGCACACACACUUCUGCAUGAAAUCACAAGAACGACAUGGCCACAAACUCUUCACCCCACUCUUUGCCUCAACCUCUUGGGCCCACUUUUCUGCUGCCUGCCUCAUUCUGGAGUUCUUUGUCUUGCAGGAGGAGGAAAGGAGGAUAGCAAUUCCUUGUCCAAGCUUCUCAAAAUGCAUUUUUCCCAUAAUCCCUUGUAAUAAAUCAGGGAAGCAGGAUGUCACUGCAACAUAACAAAUAGUGAAUGUUUAGCUGUUAUGUUUUAACAUGCUUUUGGAGCAGGAGCUUUGGGCAGGCUGCACAGCAGGGUAGAAUCAACCUGAAGUUGGCAGGGUGGACCUGCUGGUGCCUCCUACCACAGGAGCAUUCUCUUAUAUGCUCUGACCAAUGAAAGUUGCUCCUGGCCACACUGGAGGUCCUAAACAUCUUGCGUCCAGCUGCCUUGGCUUCAAUGCUCCACUCUGUGACUUGACUACCUGUGGAAAUGUGACCAAUAAGUGUUAAACGCAUGUUUAGCAAGUGUUAGAUAUUUGAACUAAUAAAUGUGAAUGGUUCUGGA